GGGCCCACUGACCAGCGACACCAACCGCGCCGCUUAUUCAAACCCCUCCGUCCGCUUCCCCACUCCGCCCGAAGGAACGUUGCCACCGACCGUAGUCCGCGACCAAAAUGCUCCCUUUCCUCUGCUUCCUCGUCGCCUCCGCCGCCGCGCUGCGGCACCACCACGCGGCGGCCGACGUGCCCCCGUCCAACAAGCUCAUCUUCAUCCUCGCCGGCCAGUCCAACAUGGCCGGCCGCGGCGGGGUGACGGGGACGCACUGGGACGGCGUGGUGCCGCCGGACUGCGCGCCCUCGGCCUCCGUCCUCCGCCUCUCCCCCUCGUUGCGGUGGGAGCAGGCGCAUGAGCCGCUGCACCAGGGCAUCGACGGCAACCGCACCUGCGGGGUCGGCCCCGGGAUGUCCUUCGCCAACGCCGUGCUCCGCUCCGGCGGGGCGCGCGGCGCCGCCGUCGGCCUCGUGCCCUGCGCCGUCGGGGGCACGCGGAUGGCCGAGUGGGGCAAGGGGUCGGAGCUGUACGCGGACAUGGUGCGGCGGGCCAGGGUCGCCGUGGAGACCGGCGGCCGGAUCGGGGCCGUGCUGUGGUACCAGGGCGAGAGCGACACCGUGCGCUGGGCCGACGCCAGCGAGUACGCGCGCCGCAUGGGCGCCCUCGUCCGCGACCUCCGGCAGGACCUCGCCAUGCCCCACCUCCUCCUCAUCCAGGUUGGGCUGGCAUCAGGGCUUGGGCAGUACACCGAAGUCGUAAGGGAAGCUCAGAAGGGCUUAAAACUUCGGAACGUGAGGUUUGUCGACGCGAUGGGGUUGCCGUUCCAAGACGGCCAUCUGCAUCUUAACACCCAGGCUCAGGUCCAGCUGGGACAUAGGCUGGCUCAGUCCUAUUUGACUUAUGGGCAUGCACAUCCUCUUCGAACACCCACACCAUGGUGGCUGCAAGUUACUACCUUGGCUUGUUGCUUCAUCAUUCUUUGGAGGGAGCCAUACACAUCUGUGCUUAUAUAAUCAAACAAACAGAGGAGGUUGGAAGAAGAAAGCUACCGGGCUCCGUGCACAUAACCAUAUACCAGUACACAGGCAAUGCAAUGCCAAUACAAGAAGAUUCAUUCUUUCAGGUCACACACAUAUUCAGAAAAAAAGAAGAUGAAACACCCAUAGAGAUCAUCAUAUAUACUGUACAGUAGAAGACUUCACCAUAUAUACACAUUUUUGUUUCUCCUUUGCUAAACCAGGCUAACUCUAGUGUAUGUAUGUAAGUAAAAUCAGUACAGAGAUCACUCGAUUGACAUCUUUUGGCAUGAGUUUACUUCAGCCUGGUGAUGCAUAUACACUGAA